ACUCGCUUGUGACCACUGCAAGAAACGAGACUGCGCACCAAAAGUCCGCUUCUUCAGACAAGACAUGUGUGUGUUAGUUUCGGUUCUUUAACCCGUUGGAAUUUUCUCGCCGAAUUAGUUUGGAAAAAUGGUCAGUGGAAAAGUGUGAAAAUGGCUAGUUUUCGGGACUUGCAAAUGGACUGGGCUUCGUUGUGCCAAGACUGCCCUGACUGUUGGACCGCCGAAGACUUGCAACUGGCAGCCGAACUGGGUAAAACCCUCCUAGAGCGAAACAAAGAGCUAGAAAUCGCCCUAAAACAACACCAAAAUGUCAUCGAAGACCAAGCUCAAGAAAUCGAGUACCUCACAAAACAAACAGUUGCUCUACGAGAGGUCAGCGACUCCAGGCUCCGAAUCUACGAGCAACUGGAAGUCAGCAUCCAAGACCUAGAACGUGCCAACCACCGCCUAGCUCUUGAAAACUCCGCGGGCAAAAAACACAUCAAAACCCUCACCACAAAUAUCGAAACCCUAGAAACUCGAUGCGAAGAACUCCAAACAACAAUCGAUGACUUAAGACUGCAAAUGGACGCCCUCAGAAAGAGGGCGCAGCGACCUACAGGACACCCCAACACACCUCCACCCACUACGAUCGUGCUGAGGCACGUGGACACGUACGAUGGGAACAUUUCAAAAAGCCCCGAAACUAAGCCUACGCACACGAUAGAAAACGCACAGUGUGUCAGAAACUCAACCCCCAUCAAGACUGAACCCGCAGCGGCCUCACAAGAGCAGGCUGCGAACGACGCCACCAUGGAGCAAAUCUCGCAACUUAUGGCGCAGCUGCGGGAGAGUAAAACUCAGGCGAGUCGAGAUCAGAGGAGGAUCACGGAGCUGGAGGAGCAGUUGGCGACGAUGAUCCAACAAAACCAAGCGCUCGAGAACCAGGUGAUUCAGCUGCACCAUCGCGACGAUGACAUGAAGAGCAUGUACGACGAGUUUAGUACCCUCGAGGAAGUUAGGAGAGGGAAAAUGUGUAGCAGAUGUCUUCGGAACAUCGACAGGAGCAGCGAUGAUGUGGCGGAGGACGAUGAUUCCAGUAUUCUGGAGAACCUGAUGACGUCUACUCCUCCGCAGCUUAGGAGUUCGUUCUCUUUGGACGUGCAGGAACGUCAAUCCCCUCCCAACAAAGAAACCGGCAACUUGUACAAAGACCUCGUCGAAAAAUACGAAGCCCUCCUCGAAGUCCACCGCCAACCCCUCCGCACCUCCGCCAAGCGAAACAACGGCGUUUCCCUCCAAGAGGAGCUCCAAAUGUCUGGCGAUUUCAGCAUCACCAACACCAAAGACACGGACGAAGAAAGCGGAGUCGACAGCCUCAAGCAGGUCCACCCCAAAGCGCGGAUGACUUUCUCACACACACCGACGGACUUCUCCGAAGCCGAAACGAGCAGUUCGGGCUUCUCCGACGAAACGAGCAACAAGUACACACAGACGGACGAUCGGCCGGGUUCGUUCUUGUGCACGAUCGCCGACGGCGAAGACCGAUUCAGUAUUUAUAACGACGCUAGCCCCAUUUCGACGCGCUUCAAGAACCAACCGGAGUACCAAGAGCUGUUCAAGGAGAUCUUCACGGUUUUGAAGAACACGCCUGAGAAAACUGAAGUACCGAAAAUCGAAGAGAAGACGCCCCCUGCGAUCGCACCCGAAGAGGUGUCGCAGAUUACCGAACUGGACGACGAUUCGCAGAGCGUUGUGUCGUCGACGAUGUCCGAACUGUCGCUGUCGCAGAACGAGCCGACUACGAUUAUCGAGAAUAUUAUUCAAGCGCAGAACCAGCCGAUUCCGGAGGCGGAAGUCCAGGAGAAACCCGAGAGGGUGCUGAAGCCGUUGGUGCGUCAGCCGCUGGAGUAUCUGUCGGUGGAAGUCCGCAAGCGGUCGUCGAGCAGGCGCAAGAACAAGUUCGCGGACCGGUCGGACUCACCGGUUACUCAUAUUAUCGGAAGUCCCAAGAUUAACUAUUCGAGUAGGCCGUCGUCGGGACGAAGGCGACGCGAUUUUAAAAAUCCGGAAAACGAUCCCACGUGGAACGGGAACACGAUACAAUUCUGGUCGUCGAAUAGGAAUAUAGCUUCCCCCACUCCGAGUCAAGGUAGCGGGAAGUUUGAAUAUAGACCGAGUUUGGCGUCACAAGAACUACACAAAUUGAAGAAGUUGGAUCUGUCGUAUGCCGAGGUUGUGAGGAAGGCGGAUAAUAAUAAGAAGCAAGUGGCGAGACAGAGAAGGAAAUAAAUUUUGGUUUUUCUUCCUUUGUAUAUAUUAUGUAGUUGUUUUGUUUCACUUUCAUUUUAAUGCGUUUAUUCCAGUAUUUUACAUGGUUUGCCUGUGUGUGCAAACUUUUUGUGCCAAUCGUAAAAUUUUAAAAUUAUACAUAUAUAAUCACAAACUUGUAUUUAACAGCACUUAAUUUAACUGAAUUACAUUCCAUCUUUAUUUAUAGGUUUCGGAACUAGGCGGUAGCAUUUUUACUCAUUAAAUUAGGAAAGGAUCAUAUACAUUUGUGAUUAUAUUAUUAUAUUUCAAAUAAAAACAUAAUUGUA